AUGACAAUGAUAUUGAGAAUUCGAACAAAAGAUGGAAUGCAGAGGAUUUCUAUUGAUGAUACAUUGGAUAUUAAGUUUCUUUUAAAUAAGGAAUAUUUAGGAAAAAUUGAAAUUUCAAAAAACCCACAUGGAGGCUAUUUUUUGGCAUCCUUUUUAAUUGGAAGAAGUAUAAAUGAGCUUGGAUUUGUGCACGGAGAUAUUAUAUACGUCAAUGUAAAGAAUAAUGACAAGAAUUCUGUUUCUUCAGGAGAAAAAGUAGCACAUAAUCCAGUUAAAAAGCCCCACGAUGUACGCCAGAAGGUGAUCCAGGACUCUGUUGAUGAUUUUCUUGACACACAGGAUGGAAAAAUACCAAACACUCAAAAUAUGCUAUGUAAACAUGGUCUAAAAGGGAUGUGUGAAUAUUGUAUGCCCUUAGAUCCUUAUGAUUCGAAUUAUCUUAAACAAAAUAAAAUUAAACAUCAAUCAUUUCACUCGUAUUUAAGGAAAAUAUCUAAGAGCAAUUCUGGUUCUGAUAAUGUACCUCUUUUGGUUGAGCCUUUUUAUGGGGUAAAAAAGGAUUGUCAAACUGGACACAAGCCAUGGCCUCUUGGGAUUUGUACGAAGUGCCAGCCUUCCGCUGUAACUCUUCAAACACAAGAAUUUAGAAUGGUGGACCAUGUAGAGUUUUCCGAUUCUUCUUUGAUCGAUACUUUUUUGAAUUAUUGGAGAUUAUCAGGACAUCAAAGAUUUGGUUACCUUUAUGGUCGAUAUGAGCCUUAUGAUGCUGUUCCUUUGGGAAUUAAAGCAGUUGUGGAGGCUAUAUAUGAGCCUCCACAGGAAAAUGAGCCAAAUGGGAUUUCUUUAAUUUUGCCUUGGAAUGAGGAGAGUACAGUCAAUGAAGUAGCUCACUUAUUUGGAUUAAAGAAAGUGGGAAUGAUAUUUACUGAUUUAACGGAUGAUGAUUCAGGAAAAGGGACUGUUAUCUGUAAAAGACAUGUUGAUUCUUUUUUUUUAUCUUCUUUAGAGGUUGUUUUUGCCGCGACAAUGCAAUUAAAGCAUAAAAAUGUUACUAAGUGGAGCAAAACAGGUGAAUUUGGUUCGAAAUUUGUGACAUGUGUUGUUUCUGCUAAUAAAGAGGGUGGUAUUGAUAUUUUUGCUUAUCAAGUAUCAAAUACAGCAAUGGCUCUAGUAGAUGCAAAAAUUAUAGAACCUAGCGUUGAUCCCAAUACUAUGUUGAUUCGAAAAGAACAUGAUGUUUAUAUACCAGAAGUGUUUUUUCAAAAAAUUAAUCAAUAUAAAACACAAGUUCAGGAAAACGCUAAAUCUUCAUUCCCUAUAGAGUAUCUUUUAGUUACACUAACUCAUGGUUUUCCUAUAAAAUCUGAAUCCAUUUUUUCUUCGGCUUCUGGUACUUUUUUAAUUGAAAAUAGAGCAUCCAUUGGACAAGUACAAAAUAUAAAUGCUUUAGCAGAACGAAUUAAGCCUAUUCUUGAACAACCUUACGGGGAUGCAAUCAAAGCGCUUUGCGAUUUUCAUUUUUUAACUUAUCUAUGGAGUUUAGACAUUCUAGAUAAAGAGGAUGGCACUUUACUUAUUAAAUGUAUUAAAGAAUGGCAAAUAAAUGAUUUAUACAAUUUAUUAGAAACUCCAGGUUGGCAAACACUUAUAGCAAUUCUUCGCGAAAGCGGUUUACUUUAA